GAAAGGGCUGUGAGCCUGGAGACUGAGAACUGCUCGCGUUCAGGACGGGCUCGUCCAGCAGCUGCAGAAACAUCCACCCGGAGUGUUGCCCCGGCAUCAGAUGGCUCGAUGCAGCGCACUGGCUACCCGUGUGGCACUGGCCCUGUGGAUUACAGCCGGAUGGAGCUGGGCAGGUCGCAAGCAAGAGGAAUCGUUCGCCACCGACACUGUUUCCAAAGCUAGGUGUACUUCGCGUUGUCUGAGCCUGCACAUCACUCGUCUCUCAGCUUUGUUCAAGAACUUUCAGAACAAUGGAUCUUUGAACUGGUGCCAAAAUCACAAGCAAUGCUCAAAGUGCCUAGAGCCGUGCAAAGAAUCCUGGGACAUACAGGAGACUCACUGUCAAAGCAAGUGUGAGUUUCUUUUCCCAAAGAAGCACUAUGAGUGCCUGACUAGCUGUGAGUUCCUCAAGUCGAUCCAGUCAGCGAAGCAGGGGGACUGUCCGGCUCCAGAGAAAGCCAGUGGAUUUGCUGCUGCCUGCGUUGAGAGUUGUGAGGCAGACAACGAGUGCUCGGGUCUGAAGAAAUGCUGCUCCAAUGGCUGUGGCCACACUUGUCAAAUACCACGCAACCUGUUCAGGGGAGUUCCGCUGAAGCCUAGAAAAGAGUUAAGUUUUACCGAGCUACAGACUGGGAACCUGGAAAUCAAGUGGUCAUCGAAGUUCAACGUCUCUGUUGAACCAGUUAUUUAUGUGGUGCAGCGGAGGUGGAACUACGGGAUCCAUCCCAGCGAAGAUGAUGCUUCUAACUGGCAAACAGUUGCACAGACUACCGAGGAGCGAGUGCAAUUAGCUGACAUUCGCCCUAGUAGAUGGUAUCAGUUUCGAGUGGCUGCGAUUAAUGUUCACGGAACACGGGGAUUCACUGCUCCCAGCAAACACUUCCGUUCCUCAAAAGAUCCUUCGGCUCCACCUGCACCAUCGAACGUGAGAGUCAGCAACUUUACUGCCAACAGCGAUGGCACCAUUACCACAAGGAUCCUGUGGGACUUGCUGGAAGAACCGGACAUUCCUGUUCACCAUUACAAGAUUUUUUGGAGCUGGACAGUCAACACAAAGUCAAUGGUGCCAGCCAAAAAGAAAAGAAGGAAAACCAUAAAUGGAAAUCAGAACCAUGUGGUCUUGGAGGGUCUCCAGCCUAACAACAGUUAUAUGGUGGACCUGCAAGCUGUAGCAUAUUGGAGCCAAGUACGUCUAAAAAGUGCCAAGGUCUCUCUGUAUUUUGGCACCCCUCGAAUUCCCAGCAUGAGAGACCUUUCAGCUUCAACAACAAAAUCCAGACCUGGUGUUGUCAAUGCCCUCCCAUCAUCUCACGGGAAAAGAACUAUGCGUCUCAUUGAUGUCGGGGCCCCUUUCUAUCAGGACAAUCAGCUUCAGGUUAAAGUCUACUGGAAGAAAAUGGAAGAUCCUGGUGGCAUUGCAGAGCGAUACCUCGUCCAAUGGAUGCCAGAGUCUUGCAAGCACAACGAGACAAAGAUUUCCAGAAAAGUCAUAGCCCAUGAAAACUAUGUAAUUCUCCCAGGACUGAUUUUCUCAUGCAAAUAUAAAGUUAUGGUCCAACCAGUGAUGGCCAGGGGCCAGGGGAAAGCGGAAGCGGUGAUCUUCACAACACCAUCAUGCUCAUCUCUUCGAGGAAAAGGUCCAAAACAUAGCAGUUGUCCCAGUGAUGGGGUGACAACCAUUCCCAAAGUACUUGUCAAACCUGAGAAUCUGUCAGCAUCGUUCAUAAUUCAUGCAGGAAACAUUACAGGUCACUUCCACUGGAGGAUAUCUAAAAUACAGCUUCAUCAGCCUGUAACAGGAUUUCAGGUUACCUGGGCAGAAGUGACUACAGAAAGUCGUCAUAACAGCUUGCCGAACAGCAUUAUUUCCCAGUCUCAGAUAUUGCCACCGGACCACCAUUCACUGAUUGUGCCCAAUCUGAGGCCAUCAACCUGUUAUAGGCUGGAAGUUCAACUAUUGACUACAGCUGGAGAGGGACCAGCAGCUGUCAAAGCAUUUCAGACACCUAGCUUAUCUUCGUCACUUCCGCACAGCUCCAGGCUGAGACAUCAUCAUCAACAGAAGCCAGUAUCAGUAAAACACUGAAACAAUUAUAAUUACAUUAUGGAGGUUGUUUAAGGACUAUUGAUGUGAAACAAUUAAAAAAAAGACUCAUCUCCCUGUCUGAAUAGAGAAAAGAACAGAAGAAUGUCUCCCUCCAACACAUCUUUUAAAAUUUGAUUAUCAAACCAGUGCCAUAAAAAGUUAUAUACUUCAAUGAUAUCAUCCCUGUAUUGUGUCUUUGGAGGAUGGCUUUGAAAUUGUGCUAUUUAUUAACCUGUUUUGUUGAAUGUGCUGAUCCUGAUAUAAUGCGAUAUUUACAUUUUUUUCCUGUGGAUACCUGUACUCGGCAGACUGCCAGGAAAAUAUGUCUGAAACCUGCAUAUUUUAACUGGGAGUGAGAAUUGUGUCAGUUUAUUAAUCUAUUGCAUGUAAUAAAGUUAUUAAAUUAUAAUGUAAAUGAACCUUAUCAGAUGUUGGCAAAGUACGGUUGCAUGGUAGACCUGUCAGUGUCGCAUAUAGGCAUGAUCUGUAUGUCUAUGUUACCUCCACUGAAUAUAUUAACAUGAUGCAGUUUACAAAAUAAUUAACAAAGUCUAUAUGUACAAAUUAUUUACUUUUUAAUAUUGGAAUGAUAAUGUAGUAUGGAAAUAUUGGUACUGUUUUGUCCAUUGGUAAAUUGGCUGUAGAAAUCACUUUCCACAUUGCAGUCAUUUUUAGAUCAAUAUUUAUUACUGUAUACACCAUUUUGUUUGGUCUGUUUUGUGCAGCUUUGUCAUAUUUGGGAUAACAAACCUCUUGUAAAGACAUUUUGUAAAAAUGGAAUUUGUAAAUAGAGUUUGUUGUAAGUUACAUUACCCGAUAUUUUCCUGUUAGACUUUGUACAUAUUGUUGACGUAUUAAAGAGCUCCCCUAAACAUGUACAUGGA